CCUUCAAAGAGAAUGUGUUCUUCAUAUCUUCCUACGGAUUUUUUGUAAUAUUUUUGUCUCUCCAAGUUUCACAUGUUUCCUCUGCAGUUGACACAAUCUCCAUCAGUGAAUCUCUUUCAGGAGACCAGACCAUUGUAUUUGACGGUGAUGUUUUCUGAACUCGGCCUUUUCAGACCAGGUACUUCUAAUUACCACUAUAGAGGCAUGUGGUACAAACAGUUCUCUCCACGAACUAUAGUUUGGGUGGCAAAUCCACAAUCUCCUGCUCUAUACACGGUUUCUAUCUCCUUAAAAAUCUUGAACGGAAACUUACUUCUUCAUAAUAGUUUCGAUUAUAGAAUAGUGUUUGGUCCACCGGUCUAAAUUCUACCGACAAUAACGCCAAUGUUCAAGCGGCUCUACAUGAUAACGGUAGCCUAGUCCUGAGAGAUGGUUCCAGUUCAUCUGCCGCCGUGUUGUGGCAGAGAUUUGAUCAUCCCUCAGAUAUUUGGCUUCCUGGCGCUAAAAUCUGGUUUAACAAUAACACAUCGGAAAGCCAAGGUCUCACUUCUAGGAACAGGGCAGAAGAUCAAUCACCUGGUCAAUACUCACUCAGGGUUGACCCUCACUCUCACAUCAUGGUUUGGAAUGGCUCCAAGUCAUAUUGGUCAAGUGGGCGACCGACUUGGAGCGUUCUGUGAAGUUAUAGGUACGUACGAGUAACUUGACCUUCGAAAUGAAUGUACAUAAGUCUUAUAUCGCAUAUUCAGUACGUGAUUGACAAGCAUUUCGUUUGGUUAUGGAUGCUUCGGGACAGUUCAGGCAGUACAAUAAGCUGGCCAAAAUGGUGAUGUGGUAUUUGCCAUGGGAUGCACCCAAGGAGAGAUGUGAUGGUUACGGUUAGUGUGGGUCGUUUGGAAUUUGCAUCCAGAAUUCGCCAGAAGUCUUCUCCUGAAAAUGUGCUGUUCCCUACAGAACGGAUUCGAAUGAUUUAGUUGGUCGUUGUGUUACUUGUGUAACCAACGCCAAGCUUCAGUGUGACCUGAAAAAUAAAGAGUUUCUUUCUUUUCAGAACAUGAAAUUAGCCACUGGUCCAACAACAAGUUUUGUUACUACUACUACAGUACUACAUGUGCCACGACCUGUCAGGCGGAUUGUUCUUGCGAGGCCUAUGCAUAUGAUGGCAAACAAUACGGUCAUAGACAUUAACAUUUCAACGAAAAUGUGUACUGUUGCCACAAUUCUAGCUAUAUCACCAUUAAUUUUUAAAUUAUAUGUAUUGAAUGUCGUCUUCGUUGAACAAUAUAAGUAGGUGAAUUUCCCCGGGGUGAAUAAUUGAUAAUUUUGGAAACGUACACAGUGCCAUGUACCUACGGACUACAAACAUUAAUUUUGAUAUGUAGGCUAGCUAUAUCUUUGAGAAAUGAGAGAUGAAAAGUACAUAAUGAAAAUGAAAACAAAAUAAAUAUAGAUACGGAUAUUGACCCAUUAAUGACAUUAACACUUGGCCAACUAACUUCCACCUGUCUAUGUUAAUUCUACAGAGGGUAAUCAAGACCCAGAGACCAUUGUCUUCUAACACAAGGACCAACUCAUAUGCAUAUAGAUUUUACGUACAUUGAAAUAGCGUUCCAACUAUUUUAUUAUAUUUGUCAUUUGUCGACAUUUGUUGAAAGUUGAAACUAAUAAUAACAGGAUUCUAUAUCAACACGAUGGAGGCUUGCAAAUAAUAUAAUACUAUUAAUCCUUCUUGCUAAUUAAUGUUGCCGAAGAAAAAAUUGAGGACCAGUAUGUCCCCUAUAUGAACAUGUAUAUCUGUCAUUAUAUAAAACAUAAUUUGAUUGGAUCAAUAAUACUGUCAUACACUCCUACUAAUAACUAAUCAUUUGUUAGGCUAAAACAUAAUUUCAAAUUUGAACCAUCAUAUAUCACUUAUGUACAGUAUGAAGUAAAUGCACACAGAUAGUUGGUGAGACCAAUUACUCGUUAUGUUCAUGUGGCUGAUCCGUUCAUCACACAUAGAAUGUAUGCUUUCUCUAUAUAAAGAAUCCUAAAUCUCCCUUCACUAUAAACUUGCCCUAAAGUCCAUCUAUAUAAGUCUUCUUCAUUUGUCUCCCAUCUCUCUCUAUAUCUUUCAAAUAGUAAGUAAACAAAUAUGGAUCUUACUGAUGUUUUCAUAUUCUUGUUUGCUCUCUAUUUCCUCAACCUAUGGUGGCGCCGUUACUCCUCCGGCAGAAGCAACCAAUGCCGCCUCAACAUCCCACCAGGACCAAAAGGAUGGCCACUAGUCGGAAACCUACUCCAAGUCAUAUCCCAACGUCGCCAUUUCGUCUUCCUAAUGCGCGACCUACGUAAAAAGUACGGUCCAAUAUUCACCAUGCAAAUGGGACAACGUACAAUGAUUAUCGUCACGGACGAAAAACUCAUCCACGAGGCUCUAGUCCAACGUGGGCCCACUUUCGCUUCCAGGCCUCCUGACUCGCCGAUCCGGCUCAUGUUUAGCGUCGGAAAAUGCGCUAUAAACUCGGCUGAGUACGGACCAUUGUGGCGGACUCUUAGAAGGAACUUUGUGACGGAGCUCGUGACUCCGACGAGAGUGAAGCAAUGCUCGUGGAUAAGGACGUGGGCUAUGGAGAAUCACAUGAAGAGGAUUCAAAAGGAGAGUUUUGAGAGAGGUUACGUCGAAGUUAUGAGUCAAUGUAGGCUAACGAUUUGUAGCAUCUUGAUAUGUCUUUGUUUCGGAGCCAAGAUCAGCGAGGAGAAGAUCAAGAACAUAGAGAACGUUCUUAAGGACGUCAUGCUUAUAACUUCUCCGACGUUACCUGACUUUUUACCGGUUUUAACUCCGUUGUUUCGCCGUCAAGUUAGAGAAGCGAGAGAGCUAAGGAAGACGCAGCUCGAAAGUCUCGUGCCAUUGAUUAAAAACCGUCGUGCAUUUGUUGAGGCAAAAGAGAGUCCCAACGAAGAGAUGGUGAGUCCUAUCGGUGCAGCUUACGUGGAUUCUCUGUUUGCUUUGAAGCCUGUCGAGAGAGGCGGUGAGCUUAAAGAUGAAGAGAUUGUGACUCUAUGUUCGGAGAUUGUCUCGGCGGGUACGGACACUAGCGCUACUACGCUUGAGUGGGCGUUACUUCAUCUAGCGACGGACCAAAACAUACAAGAGAAGCUGUACGAGGAAGUUGUCGGAGUUGUGGGCAAAAACGGCGUCGUUGAAGAGGAUGACGUGGCGAAAAUGCCUUACUUGGAAGCAAUAGUGAAAGAGACUCUCAGGAGACAUCCCCCAGGACAUUUUCUCCUCUCUCACGCCGCCGUGAAAGAUACGGAGCUUGGCGGGUAUGAUAUUCCGUCAGGGGCAUAUGUGGAAUUUUACACUGCUUGGGUUACUGAGAACCCGGAGAUUUGGUCGGAUCCGGGUGAGUUUCGACCGGAGAGGUUUUUACCAGGUGGAGACGGUGUUAAUGCUGAUUGGACCGGAACACGUGGCGUGACAAUGUUGCCUUUUGGUGCGGGUCGUCGGAUCUGCCCGGCUUGGUCUUUAGGGAUUCUCCACAUCAACUUGAUGCUUGCUAGGAUGAUCCAUUCGUUUAAAUGGAUCUCUGUUCCGGAUUCUCCACCCGACCCGACAGAAACUUACGCGUUUACCGUUGUGAUGAAGAAUUCGCUCAAAGCUCAGAUCAUAUCAAGGGACUGAUGGAUAGAUUCGAAUGGAGCGGUCACGUCGGGUUUGUUAUAUGUUAUGCUUUUGUAUGCGUGUUUGGUCGCAUUGAUAUUAUCUAUUAAUAGAAUGCUUCGUUACUAUCUUCUCUAAUAUUUAUUCCAAAGUACUUUUUCUUCUGCUGUAUAAUGUUAAAUAAGUAUAUAAUAACAUUAUGCAUUUUCGAUCGGUUCA